AUGACUGAUGAGUCAUUAGAAAAGGCAAAACACAAAAAAUCAAAGGCCAUUGCAUUGUUCCAAAAGCGAUCUAAAUCAGAAGAGCUGGAAACAAACCAAUUGACAGAAAAACAGCUACGAUCAAGCAGUUAUUCUACCAAUCAGAGAAUUGUUGAAACUUCAGUCAUCUACUCUAAAGAUGAAAGUCAAGAUACAGUACUCAGUCCAACGGGUGAGCCAGAGUAUGCUCAAGGCAGAGUGAAUCAGUACCAUAUUCUCAAAGAUAUUGGAACAGGUGCUUUUGGUCGUGUUGUCCUCGUUCGUAGUGAAGAAACCAAAAUGUAUUAUGCAUGCAAAGUGAUUUCCAAGAGUCGCUUACGAAAAAAGUUUCGAUGGGUAUACGAUGGAAAACCGUCUCCACAAUCUCUUUCUUCAAAGAAAAACGAAGACAACGAGGUCAUGGCAUCCAUCAAGCGUGAGGUUGCUGUUUUAAAAAAACUUUCUGAGCAUCCCAACAUUGUGAAUUUGGUCGAGGUUUUGGAUGAUGAAAAAGAAGAUAAUCUUUAUAUAAUUUUUGAUUUGUGCGAGUACGGGCCUGUAAUGGAAAUUAAUAUUGGAGAGCCCACUAGGCCACUUUCUGAAGAACUGGCACGCAAAUAUUUUCGCGACGUGGUUCUUGGAAUCGAGUACUUGCACUAUAAACGUAUUAUUCAUAAAGACAUUAAGCCAGAGAAUUUACUACGGACGGCAGGAAAUAUUGUUCAAAUCGGAGAUUUUGGCAUUUCGCAUAUGUUUGAUGAAGGUGACGAUGAAGGUUUGCUGAUCACCAAAAAUGGAUCACCGCUUUAUAGUGCUCCAGAGGCAUGCACUGGUAGGCAGAGGCAUCUGAUUACAAAAAUUCUUAAUGGAAAAUCACUGGAUAUAUGGUCUCUUGGAGUUACCCUAUAUUGCUUUGUUCAUGGAUGCUGCCCUUGGGAAGAUACAAAUAUUGUGGAGCUGUACAGGAAAAUUACGCAAGAUAAUUAUGUUGUGUUUGACACUUUAUCUGACGAACUUCGAGAUUUACUGUCCAAAAUGAUGGACAAAAAUCCCAAUACACGCAUUCAGCUAUCUCAAAUCAAAGUACAUCCCUGGGUUACUGAGAAUGGACGCAAUCCAAUGUUGAGUACAGAAUCCAACUGUGUGUACGUUGAUGUGACUGAAGAAGAAGUAGCGCAUGCUUUUAGUCCAGCCAUGAUGUUUGUAAAUAAGGUAUUUAAUUUUGUCAGGUGUAAUACCAGUACUUUUUUAUAA